AUGCGUUUCGACGCCGCUUUCACGGCUCUGGUCUCCUCGGCUUCCCUCAUGGGCUAUGCCCAUGCCGAGGAGGCGGAAGCUGCUGCUGAUGCUUCCUCCGCCAUUGAGCGGCCCACCUUCACUCCUACUGCUCUGAAGGCUCCAUUCCUGGAGCAGUUCACCGACGACUGGCAAUCACGUUGGCAACCAUCCCACGCCAAGAAGGAUGACCCCAAGUCGGAGGAGGACUGGGCUUACGUCGGCGAGUGGUCUGUCGAGGAGCCCACCGUCUUCAAGGGUAUCGAUGGCGACAAGGGUCUGGUUGUGAAGAACGCUGCUGCCCACCACGCCAUCUCCGCCAAGUUCCCCAAGAAGAUUGACAACAAGGGCAAGACCCUGGUGGUCCAAUAUGAGGUGAAGCCCCAGAACUCUCUGGUCUGCGGCGGUGCCUACCUGAAGCUUCUCCAAGAGAACAAGAAGCUGCACCAGGAGGAGUUCUCCAACGCUACUCCCUAUGUGAUCAUGUUCGGUCCCGACAAGUGCGGUGCUACCAACAAGGUCCACUUCAUCUUCCGCCACAAGAACCCCAAGACCGGCGAACUCUCCCCCGUGGCCCGCACCAACAAGGUCACCUCCCUCUAUACCUUGAUCGUCAAGCCCGAUCAGACCUUCGAGAUCCUGGUCAACGGCGAGUCCGUUAAGGAGGGCAGCCUUCUGGAGGACUUCAGCCCUUCCGUCAACCCUGAGAAGGAGAUUGAUGACCCCAAAGACAAGAAGCCCGCCGACUGGGUCGACGAGGUUCAGAUUGCCGACCCCGAGGCCACCAAGCCCGAGGACUGGAACGAGGAGGCUCCCUUCGAGAUUGUCGAUGAGGAGGCCGAGAAGCCCGCGGAUUGGCUUGAGGAUGAGGCCACUAGCAUCCCCGACCCCGAGGCCGAGAAGCCCGAGGACUGGGAUGAUGAGGAAGAUGGAGACUGGGUCGCCCCCACUGUUCCUAACCCCAAGUGCGCUGAUGUCUCUGGCUGCGGCGAGUGGACCCAACCUUUGAAGAAGAACCCCGAGUACAAGGGCAAGUGGUCUGCUCCUCUCAUUGAGAACCCUGCCUACAAGGGUGUCUGGGCCCCGCGCAAGAUUGCCAACCCUGCCUAUUUCGAGGACAAGACCCCCUCCAACCUGGAGCCUAUGGGUGCCAUUGGUUUCGAGAUCUGGACCAUGCAGAACGACAUUCUGUUUGACAACGUCUACAUUGGCCACUCCGUCGAGGAUGCCGAGGCUCUUCGCAAGGAGACUUUCGACGUCAAGUUUGCCGUCGAGGAGGCUGAGGAGGAGGCUUCCAAGCCCAAGACCGAGCCCGCCACUGAGGCUGGCACCACUGUCACCUUCCAGGAGGACCCCGUUACCUUCAUCCGCCAGAAGAUUGACUUCUUCGUGAACCUGGCCAAGGAGGACCCUGUCAACGCCGUCAAGACCGUUCCUGAGGUUGCCGGUGGUCUGAUUGCUCUGCUUCUGACCUCCAUCCUGAUUAUCGUGGGUGCCAUUGGCUCCAGCAGCCCGGCUCCCGCUGACAAGGGUAAGAAGCCCGCCAGCACUGGCAAGGAGAAGGCCAGCGAGGCUAGCAGCUCUUCUGCCGACACCGGCAAGAGCGGUGCUACCAAGCGCAACACCCGCUCGUCGGCGGAGUAA